AAUCAGGCAUACAAAUAUCUGUGUCAAUCUUCCAUAAUGGAAAUAAUGGCAUAUGACAUGUUUCUGCAAAAGAAAUUGUCACUGGUGGAGUCACUAGAAAAACCAGCACCCGAGUCAAAGGGAAGGGUGGAAAAUUCAGGAGGCACUGAUAAACCAAAAGCUGCAAAUCUAUAUGAUCGUAGAGAUGUUUUAUCAACGUGGUGUCGGGGCUUUAUUUUGGUCAAUCUGAUCAAGUCACUUACUACUUAUGAAUAUGAUAACAAAUCAUUUUAUCAUGCAGAGGUUUCUGCCAGUUUAGUCACGGUGCAUUUGAUUGAGAAAUUAGCUGCUGGUGAUACUGGAAGUUUAUCUGUAUCAAUACUUCAGAAGAUGAGCACCAUGUCUAAAAAGGUCUUGGAUGUGGUUGGAGCAGUGCCACUUGGCCCAAGUUGGAUCAGCACCAUAAGAGAGAAUGAGUGGACCCAGAUCUACUUUAUGUAUGUGAAGGGAAGGAACUAAAUAAUUUGAUACUAAGUGAUAUUUAUUAUCAUCUAGAAGGAGAGCUUGAAGGUCGUAAAAUAAGCACUGGACCAUUUAAAGAACUUUCUGAAUACCUGGUUGAUUCAAAAGUUAUGCACAAUUACCAACAUAAGUAUGACAAUGACUUUCUUGUAACUUGCAAAUAUGUGUACAUGUUUGAUCCUAGGCGUGUACGGGCUGAUUUGGGAUCUGAUCUUUGGGACUAGCUAAAGUGGAAAACAUCUAAAGAGAUCAAAAAAAGAAUGCUAUCUCAUAUGAUGGAGGCAAACUCUAUGGUGUUGCUUAGAAAUUCAAAGCUUGCUGCAUUGAAAUCUUUAAUAA